AUGGUUUUAAAACAAAGCGACAUCUCCAUCUCUUCUGUGCCUCAAGCUUUAUCCGCCAAAUCCGGGUCUCAGAUUCAGAAUUCUGCUCAGUCUGCGAUCUGUGAGUCCGUUGUAAUCUGUCAGUUGGGAAGUAGAAGAGAGCAUUGGCAAAUUAGCAGAGUACGGAAAGACAUGUACAAUGACACAUUAAAUGGCAGCACCGAGAAGCGGAGUGCAGAGCUGCCCGACGCGGUGGGGCCUGUUGUUCAGUUACAAGAGAAGCUUUAUGUGCCUGUGAAGGAGUACCCGGACUUUAAUUUUGUUGGGAGAAUCCUUGGACCUAGAGGACUUACAGCUAAACAGCUUGAAGCAGAAACAGGAUGUAAAAUAAUGGUCCGAGGGAAAGGCUCAAUGAGGGAUAAAAAGAAGGAGGAGCAAAACAGAGGCAAGCCCAAUUGGGAGCAUCUCAACGAAGAUUUACAUGUACUGAUCACUGUGGAAGAUGCUCAAAACAGAGCAGAGAUCAAACUGAAGAGAGCCGUUGAGGAAGUGAAGAAAUUACUGGUACCUGCAGCAGAAGGAGAGGACAGCCUGAAGAAGAUGCAGCUGAUGGAGCUCGCGAUUCUGAAUGGCACCUACAGAGAUGCCAACAUCAAAUCACCAACAGCCCAGGCCGCUCCCCGGAUUAUCACCGGGCCCGCGCCGGUCCUCCCACCAGCUGCCCUGCGCACGCCUACGCCGGCCGGCCCGACCAUCAUGCCUUUGAUCAGACAGAUCCAGACCGCGGUCAUGCCCAACGGAACUCCUCACCCGACUGCUGCAAUAGUUCCUCCGGGGCCGGAAGCCGGCUUGAUCUACACGCCCUACGAAUACCCCUACACGCUGGCACCAGCUACGUCAAUCCUGGAGUACCCUAUCGAACCUAGUGGUGUAUUAGGUGCGGUGGCUACUAAGGUCCGAAGGCACGAUAUGCGCGUCCAUCCUUACCAAAGGGUUGUGACCGCAGACCGAGCCGCCACCGGCAACUAACCUAUGACCUUCUGACCUCUGAACUCUUCACCCAAUGAUGACCUGACCAUGCCUGCCUGCUGAUCAGUUAACUGGUAAUCGCCUUUGCUUGCCUGUCGUCAGUGCAGCGAGCUGAGGCACUUGUCCGUUCGUCUUACCAUCUAACCAAACAAAAGACAAAGAAAUUGUUGUCCUUCAACUCAGCUUUUGGUUGUGGUUUUUUUUUUUGUUGGUUUUUUUCUCCCCCCCCUGUUCGGGUGAAAGUGGUUCUAGAAACUGCACUGAAUAGUAGUAAAGCAAUAAGGCCCAAUUCAUCCCACAGCACUGAUCAUCCUUUAACGUCCCACCCUAAGCGAACGGUAAGAAGGCCUCACUUCGGAAGGGGAGACAGAUGGCCCUUAACUACUCAGUGACAGAGGCAGUUACUGUGAGAGACUUCUAGGAACCUUGUCUUCGCAUAGCGAGUCGCAGCUCUCUGAAUGUACUGUGUGAUGAUGCAUCAUGCAUGAACCUGUGGUCAGGGAUGUCAUUGGUGAAGCGAUUUCAAAAAGUAUUCAAAAUUUGACACGCUCUUUAGUCACUACAGUGCCCUCACAGGGCAGAGUCACAGCCUUUUUUGUAUUGCCUGCCAAAAUUUGAGGUGUUAGAAGUGUGCCAUGAGAGGAAACUUUUGAGGAGUUUCGAAAAGCAAUGCAAAGAACAAAGCCGCAACACUAUUUUUAAAAAGAGAGCGAUCUGCGUUCAAAUGGCUGGCCUUUAUUUUACACUUCCUUGAAAAUAUACGAGAACAAGGUACAUGCAUUAUGUGUCACAUUACUGGGCAAACUGUUCAGAUAUUUUUUUUAAACCUCCCUGUAUAGAAAAAAAUCAUUAAGGAUGUAAAAGCCAUGCUUGCCUAUUUGCUGUAUACAUGUCAUGAAAUUGUAGAUAAAGUGUAGUGCAUUGAAACAAAUGAUCAAAAAGUAGAUACUUUUACUAUACAAGGUGCUGGUGCAGAAACAAAUAGAUAUAUUUUUGGAAAUGUAGCAUUUUAUACUUUCAAGUGUUAUAAAAAAAGAAAAAGAACAAAGAAACCCUUUAUUUCAUUAAAUGAUUUUUUCUGGUGGUUGUCAAGAAACAAAAGACCAAAAGAGCCUUUUCGUCUUUUCUUUUUUAUUUUUUAAGUAUUGGAAUAAGUCUAAAGAAAAGAAAGUGCCUUAUUUUUCUUCAUGGUCAUUUAGUCAAGUGUCUCGUAAGAUCAGCUCCUCCCUCCAGAUGCAAGUGAAUGCACGUCACUCAGCCGCCCAGUGUGUGAAAGCAGGAUCGGGAGACAAGUGACUUGAUGGUUCGAAUUACAUGAGUUUAGCCACGUUACCUUGAUACAAAUUUGCCAAAUCUGAUACUGUGAAAAAAUUUGAUAAGUUUUCUAAUGUCUGACAAGUAAAUUUUAAAACGUUCUUCUUUUAAAAUUAUAAUUGAUUGCUUUCGGUUACUGCAAUAUUUGGCGUUAGCCCAAAGGAUUCUGUGAUAAAAAUUAUGUGUGAUUUGAACAUCCUUUUACAGACAAAAUUAGAGCUUUAUUUUAUUUGGAGAAGGGGGUGUAUGUGGAUUCUUAUUAAUUGGAGAUAUAGUAUACUUAGCAAACAUUUUCACAAAAAUGAAUCUUUGUGAUUUUCAUUCUGGAAAACAGUGUUUUUUAAACGGCCCAAACUUAAUCAGACUUCCUCCUCCCACAACCGCUGACUGGGGUAAUCCAUCUCUUGGCUGGUUUUAGUAACCUAAGCUGCCCCCUCCCACACACGAUUUCUUUAUAACUUUCAAAGAAUGUGAACAGCUAGCAUCGUUGUGCAUAUAAAUACUCAACUCCGCGUGAGUUUAAGCUUCCGGUUUCUCAUGACGUUGAGUUAAUUUCUUAGUGGAAGCUCUUCGUGCACAGAGCCCGCAUCCUAGCACUUAGGUAUCAUUAAGCGCUCAGUACCAGACGUGGCAAAUACCAGGUGACAGCGGAUCCCAGCUCGUCAGCUCAUUCCCUCUCGCACACCUGCACAGUCAGAGGUCAGCAGUCAGCUCAGUCAGCACCUUCGCGGUGACCUCCGUCACCCUGUCUCACGUGGAAACCGUUUCAGUUUAUUUACUAUGCAAUAGACAUUCAUCGUUUCGUAUCGGCCAGCUUCGGUUUCAUGUGCCACUGCUUUGUCUUUCCGUUUCACAUACAGUUGUUUUUCGAUUUAUUUACAAUAUAUGCUGUGCCAUUUUGAUUUUUAUUUUGUUUGGUUGGUGAAUAAAUUUGCGACACUCAAACACUUGAGGUGGUAGUAGUUUAAAAACGAUACCAGUAUUUGAUCCAGUUUCAUCUCAACUAUGUUAUACCUGGACAUUUUAGAUGUUUAUCAAAGGUCUUUUAUGGGGAAGAAAGUAAAUGUAUGAAAUAAGUGUGUGACAUUUCUGAGUAAUGUUGGCUCUGAACAAACUUUUGAAAACUUAGUUGACAAUUUUGGAUCAACUGAAAAAAAAGCAUGACUUUUGAAAUCUCUGAAUGCCUUGGUUCUCAGUAUUAUCAUUCUUUAUUGAAUUUAUUUCUUAUUAAAAUAUGUAGUUUUUAAGACUUUUUUUGACAGUAUUAUGUAAUUCUUUAGCGUGGGUAGAUGGGAGUGUCGCUUGUAUGUUACCGUGCAGCUGACAUGUAUUUUUGUCUGUUCUUUAUUAUCUUAGUAGUUCCAUGCUGUGUAUGUACCAUAACCGACCUAUUGCCUAUGAGAAACAUGUAAGAUAAUGUAUUUACAGCCAUUGUUACAAGUUUAUAAUGUAUUUUUCUAUCUUGUUUUAUAUGUAUGUUAUAUAACAUUCAAAAAGAAUUUUUUUCUUGAUUGAGAAAAGGAUACAAAAUGCAAAAUCCACAAUUUUGAUAUCUGAAAAUUGCCAAUUGUUUUGCAGUACUUUAUUAUAUUGGGUGUCUUGUCUUUCUCGGGCUUUUUAGUUAGCUAAUGAAUGAAUACGUUAGACACUUCUGGGUUUUAGUUGGGAUUUUACAUAGCUUGCAUUUUAAUUCUUUGGUUCUUUGCUGUUUCUAUUAACCCAUGGCAUUAUUUUAAUAAAUGUUAUAAUACCAACCUACUAA